AUUUAAGACUGCUCCACAAAAACUCAACCUAGUCCAUCAUCCAACUUCAUGUGGACUGGUGGAGGCAUAAUUGAAGGAUAUUUUAGUCAUUUCAAGUAAACCCGCGUCAACCGCGGCGUCUGCUAGACUGCAAGACCACACGAGCCCUACUCCGAAACUAUCAAGAACCUUCCCCCCUUUCCUCUUUCUCUCUCUAAAACACACGAUGACCAAGAACCUUCCCCUCUCUUUAUAGUCCAAAUAUAACUCCCCCAAUCCCCUCACUACACCCAACAUUCAUUCAUACCUCAUCUCCUUACACUUUCUCUCUCUGCAACAAAUACAGUUUCUCUCUCUAGAAACACACUUUCACACCGGCUCUCUCCAAUGUCUGCAACACAGGUAAUGGAUAGCGAUGGCCGCGAUGACCGUUUCUACCAAGGCUCCCCACCAAAGGGCUAUGCACUGAGCGGGAAGAUCAUGCUGAGCGCAAUCGUAAUCCUAUUCGCUGUAGUCGUAUUCGUGGUCUGCCUCCACAUCUACGCCCGCUGGUACCUCCUUCGUGCCCGGCGGCGCAACCUCCGCCGCCGCCGUACCGCCCACCUUGUAUUCUACGUCGAUCCCAACAACCCUAACGCCACCACCGUUAUCGCCCCGGGCCUCGACGCCUCUGUCCUCAGUACCCUCCCCGUCUUUGCCUACUCCUCCAAGACCCACCCCGAGGUGCUAGAGUGCGCCGUGUGCUUAUCGGAAUUCGAAGAGAACGAAAAGGGCCGUCUCUUGCCUAAAUGUAACCACAGCUUCCAUAUAGGCUGUAUCGACAUGUGGUUUCACUCUCACUCCACGUGCCCACUUUGCCGGUCGCCGGUCGAACCCCAGGUUUCAGCUCCUGUAGAUGAAAACCGAUGCGAUGUUGUUGUUACAAUUGAUGAACCGGCCGGUUCGAGUGCUGGGUUGUGCUCCACGUGUCAACACGAGGAAGAAGUGACGUCACUUCCUUCUUCUUCUUCGUCGGCGACGUCGGCGUUGGGGGCUCGACGGAAGGGAUUAGAUCUGACCAGUGUGACGAUUGAGAUACCGAGAAACGACUCAGAUAUCGAAUUAGCGGUGAGUUCACCCGCGAGUCGUGGUUUCAAAUCUCCCGUGACUCGUUUUCUGAGAAUACUGAGUAUGAACAGAAGAUCGCCGGCGUUUUCGCCGGCGUCUGGAGUCGGAACGAGUUGUGGGGGUGUGGGUACUGAAUUGGAUAUAGAGCGAGGAGUGGACGAGUCGACUCAGCAAAAAUCGGGCUCAGCCGCCGAGAUAAGAGACGGUAACAGUAACGCGACAACAGUGUAAGAAGCGUUGAUAAUUGGAAUGGGACACUGACUGUCAGGCUCUUAUAUCAAGGACCGUGGAUUGGGUUGGUUCAAUACACGUGGCAGAAUCAUGAGAUGGCUGCGGUUUAAAAUAUACAACCAGACACAUUAUUUGAGGUGGCUUUUAGCGCACGCGAGACAUCAAAGACUGGAAAUAUGUUGACUCGCAGAUGUGUUGAUUUCUUUUUAAAUUUUUUAAUUAAUUUUAUUAUUUGAAAAGUUAGUUGCUUUUGUCAUUUUGUGAGUAAAAACGCGUGUAUUCUCCGAAAAAUACGCAUAUAAUUGAAUACAUUUUGAUGGAAAAAUACAUGUAUAAUUGUUUCAUUUACAUGUAUUGGAACUCUAUUUUAUAAAUCUGGUAUUCUUAUUUUUUCUA